AUGGCGCCCCCGUCACUCGUACUGCACCUCUGUAGCGCAGUAGUACUGCUACUCUCUACCCGCCUGUACCGUCUCCUCUGGCACCCUCUCUCCAAGAUCUCAGGGCCCAUUCUCAACGCCGCCUCGAGCUGGCCUGAGUUUUUCGCAGCAGCGUCGGGCGACCGCCACGUCCGUCUGUGGCAAUUGCAUGAAAUCUACGGCCCAACCGUCCGCAUUGCGCCCAACCGGGUGUCUUUCAACACCGUCACGGCGUUCAAAACUAUAUAUGAUGCCAAGGCAAACGUUAAGCAAGGCCCCCUCUACGACACAUUCAUCGCCUCAAACCACGGGCGUGUAGAUCUCCUCGACUCCGAUGGCGAAGUGCAUAGCCGGAAGCGAAAGAUCAUUUCUCAUGCCUUUUCGGAAAGGGCCCUGCGACUGAAAGAGGACUCCAUUGUAGAACAUCAACAGUCAUGGCUGGACCAAGUCACCCAGACAUUUGGCCAGCAGGCAGACGACUGGACUCAGCCUAUUGAUAUGACACAGUGGCUGUCUUAUAUGACGAUAGACAUUGUUGGCGAGAUUGGCUUUGGCAAGGAUUUCAACCUCACCAGGAGCGAGCGUUUCCGAUUUCUGCCUCAGACUUUUGCUAAUCUAGUCACGAUCAACUUUGCGGUUGGCCAUCUUCCCCGCGCGCUUCAGUUUGGGAUCAACUGUAUUCUGAGAUCUCCGAUUAUGAGCCUCCUGAUCCCCCCAGAAGUUCACAAUUUUGCCAAAUUCACCAGCGACCUCAUAGUUGAGCGAGUCGCCCGGAUGGAUGGGUUAGAUUCCAAAGAGAACGACGACUUCGUCAGUCUGUUCCGCAACCAGGACGGAAAUCUCGGCAAAGAUGCCGUUGAGGAGAUCAAGUCCGAAGCAACUACGUUAAUCGUUGCUGGGUCUGAUACUGCCGCGACUGCAAUGGCUGGCAUGCUUUUCUAUCUGACGCACAAUCCGCGAUGCCUCGAAAAGCUUACCGCCGAAAUUCGAUCGACCUUCUCUACGGCCCAGAGUAUCCGGCGCGGAUAUGAGCUUUCUCGCGCAAAGUACCUAAGGGCUUGUAUAGAUGAGACACUGCGACUAUCACCGCCAGUUCCAGGAUAUCUUGGCCGCGAGGUCCUCGCAGGGGGGAUCACCAUUGAUGGGCAAUAUCUCCCAGCUGGCGUGGAGGUAGGUGUACCCAUUUCUGCUCUACACCUCAAUCCGGAAUACUAUCCACGGCCGUUUGAGUUCUGGCCAGAGAGAUGGUUACACGGUGCAGGCACGGAGGAAGAAGUCGUGCAAGAUGCCACGCUUGCCAGAACUGCGUUUGCUGCUUUCAGCACGGGACGACAUGGCUGCGCGGGCAAGGAACUGGCGUAUAUGGAGAUCAGCCUGAUGAUGGCGAGACUCCUCUAUCAUUAUGACAUCCGCCUGACGGACGAUGCCACAAGGAACACGGUUGGGGAGGGACACGGGUCGAGCGGUCCAUGGGGGAGACGCAUUAAGGGGCAGUUUCAGAUCCACGACUAUUUCACUGGAAAGGGUCAGGGUCCUUGGAUCCAGUUGCGAGGCGUGAAGCGUGGAGCGAGCUAG